CGCGGGCGGCCGCGGCGGCGCGGAUCUGCGCUCGUUUCCCCGGACUCGGCAGGCGGGCGGCGGCGACGGCGACGGCGGCGGCGACGCGCACAAAGGCGGAUUGUGGCUUCACUGGUGCUCGCGGCAGGCGGCGCCGGGGCGGGGGCGGCGGGGCGCGCCGGGGGCCCCGGCGGGCGCGGCGCGGGCGAUGAGCCGGGGCCCGGCAUGGCCUCUGCGCGGCCGCCGGGCCGGGCCUGCGCCUCGGCGCCCGCGGCCGCGGGGCUCCGGGCCGGGCCGCCCGCCCUCGCCGCCGCCGCCGCCGCCGCCUCCCCCGAGCCUGCGGGCGGCGCCGAGGCCGAGGAGCGCUCGCUGCAGCGCAUGCUGCGCGCCAUAGCGGAGGAGCGCGGCCGUCUCAGCCUGCGCCGGGAGGUCUGCGGCCUCGGGUGCUUCAAGGAUGACCGCAUCGUCUUCUGGACGUGGAUGUUCUCUACCUACUUCAUGGAGAAGUGGGCGCCACGGCAGGACGACAUGCUUUUCUACGUGCGCCGGAAGCUGGCAUACACGGGCAGCGAGGGCGGCGUGGACGGAAGGAAGCUGGCAGAGACUGAGCCCGAGGUGGACGUGGAGGUGUACCGGCGUGACUCCAAGAAGCUGCCGGGCCUCGGGGACCCUGACAUUGACUGGGAGGAGAGCGUCUGCCUGAAUCUCAUCCUGCAGAAGCUGGACUACAUGGUGACAUGUGCCGUGUGCACGCGCGCCGAUGGAGGGGACAUCCACAUCCAUAAGAAGAAGUCCCAGCAAGUGUUCGCGUCCCCCAGUAAACACCCCAUGGACAGCAAGGGCGAAGAAUCCAAGAUCAGCUACCCCAACAUCUUCUUCAUGAUCGACAGCUUUGAGGAGGUGUUCAGCGACAUGACAGUGGGGGAAGGAGAGAUGGUCUGUGUGGAGCUGGUGGCCAGUGACAAAACCAACAUGUUCCAGGGUGUCAUCUUUCAGGGCUCCAUCCGCUACGAGGCACUCAAGAAGGUGUAUGACAACCGAGUGAGUGUGGCUGCCCGCAUGGCACAGAAGAUGUCAUUCGGCUUUUACAAGUACAACAACAUGGAGUUUGUGCGCAUGAAGGGGCCCCAGGGCAAGGGCCACGCUGAGAUGGCAGUCAGCCGUGUGUCUACCGGUGACACAUCCCCCUGCGGGACGGAAGAGGACUCCAGCCCGGCCUCACCCAUGCAUGAGCGGGUGACCUCCUUCAGCACGCCCCCCACCCCGGAGCGGAACAACCGGCCCGCCUUCUUCUCCCCGUCCCUCAAGAGGAAGGUGCCCCGGAACCGGAUCGCUGAGAUGAAGAAGUCUCACUCGGCCAACGACAGUGAGGAGUUCUUCCGGGAGGACAACGGAGGGGCGGAUCUGCACAAUGCCACCAACCUGCGGUCUCGGUCCCUGUCUGGCACGGGGCGGUCCCUGGUUGGGUCCUGGCUGAAGCUGAACAGAGCGGAUGGAAAUUUCCUUCUCUAUGCACACUUGACCUACGUCACUUUGCCGCUGCAUCGGAUUUUAACAGACAUCCUGGAGGUGCGGCAGAAGCCCAUCCUGAUGACCUAGCCGUGUGCAGAGCCCGCGCGGAGCCCCCCCAGCCCUGCCCGGCCCCGGGCGUGCUGCCAAGUGCCUACCCGUCCACCGCCACCGGGGUCUUCUGUGACAGCCCAGCCAGGCGGGGCCGCUCGACUCCGGGGGCCGGGGCCGACUCCAUGAACACCAGCCCAAACUGAAGUGCCUCUUUCUCCUCCCCUGCUGGCUCUGCUCCCGCCCCUGUGCCCAGCCGCCAUCACGCGCCCCCCCCCCCGCCCCCCCCACCCCAGCCCGUCUCUGGAGGGCCCUCGGCACCCAGAGAGGCCCAGAGACGCCAAGAGGCUGUAAGAGCAGAGGAGCGGCCGGCGCCCGGCGUGUGUCCAGACCUACGGAUCCGACGUUCACGCUCGGACAGACCGCAGGUGGAGAGACCCCCUCCCCCACCACCAACCCCGGUCGGGGGCACUCAGUGUGUCGGACCAUCAACACUUCCCCGAGGAGAACUGGCUUCAGAGUCUGUAACGCUGUACCGGUGAACUCCGGCGUCCGAGUUAGUCCCGACCCGUCCGCCCUCCCUCGUUCACCGCUUGGUUAUAAAUGGGUUACCGCGGGGUUUUAAACGGGGCACGCGGCUGUUGAGGGUUUUGCCCUGGGCUGGGAAUACCUCACCCCACGCCUGGUUCCAGAAAGGCCUCGAGCUGAGCAGACAGGCCCCGAUCCUGCCAGAACGGCCUUUGCUUCCAGCCAAAGAGCACCACCAACACACACACCUCCGCCUUGGAGAUAAUCCCGCUCUGCGCCUCGGCUGGCGUGACCCGCAGAAUUUGGACUCUGAGGGCAGGUGGGACGGCUCGGUCGUCAGAGAAGAGUGUUUUGGGGGAGUGCGGUGGAGUCGGCUCCCUCCCGGGAAGGUUCUGGGUAGAACCUCCAUCCCAUCCCAGGGCCGGGGUUGGGGGGGGAAGGGGAGCUGGGAAGGGGAUGGGGUGUUUCCCGGAGCUCGUUUCCUUUGACUGAGUGUGCUGGUCCCGUUUCUCAGACCAGCUCACUGAGGCAAAGCAGAACUGGCCUGCACGCGGCUGGUCUGGUGGGUUGGCGUGAGCGGCCUGGUUCCGGCUGGAAGGAGUCCUGCCAAACCACGAGCCUUCUCCAGAGCGGAAGCGUGUGCCCUGCCCCCAUGGGAAUAAACUGUAAGCUGGGUCUCUGUCACCACGUUGUUUUGUUUGAAGUCCCCAGGAACACGUGAGGGUUUCCAGUCGUGCGUAGAGAUCCUCUCUGCGAGGACAGAAGGGGCCGGAGGGGCUCGCCCCCACCUGUUCUAUUCUGCGCACGCUCCAAGGGUUUGCGCUGGGCUCUGGGAAAAGGGGCUGCUUUGGGGCUUUCUCUAGAUUUUGUAUGCUGUUAUUAAAAGCAAGCUAUUGCGUUUCA